AUGAGCAGAGAGACUUCGUUGAUGUUUGUGGACACUUCAGAGACUUUGUUGAUGUUUGUGGACACUUCAGAGACUUAUUACGUUGAUAUGUUGAUGUUUGUGGACACUUCAGAGACUUAUUACGUUGAUAUGUUGAUUUCAGAGACUUAUUAUGUUGAUAUGUUGAUGUUUGUGGAGACUUCAGAAACUUAUUACGUUGAUAUGUUGAUGUUUGUGGAGACUUCAGAAACUUAUUACGUUGAUAUGUUGAUGUUUGUGGACACUUCAGAGACUUAUUAUGUUGAUAUGUUGAUGUUUGUGGACACUUCAGAGACUUAUUACGUUGAUAUGUUGAUGUUUGUGGACACUUCAGAGACUUAUUAUGUUGAUAUGUUGAUGUUUGUGGACACUUCAGAGACUUAUUAUGUUGAUAUGUUGAUGUUUGUGGACACUUCAGAGACUUAUUAUGUUGAUAUGUUGAUGUUUGUGGACACUUCAGAGAUUUAUUACGUUGAUAUGUUGAUGUUUGUGGACACUUCAGAGACUUAUUAUGUUAAUAUGUUGAUGUUUGUGGACACUUCAAAGACUUAUUAUGUUGAUAUGUUGAUGCUUUAG